GUGGCUGUAGCGACAGAGCUCGGCGCGCGGAGCUCCAGUCAUGGCAGUCGCUGUUGAGGGCACCCGCAGGAAAGAGCGCAUCCUCUGCCUGUUUGACGUGGACGGGACCCUCACGCCAGCUCGCCAGAAAAUUGACCCUGAGGUAUCAGCCUUCCUGCAAAAGCUUCGAAGCAGAGUGCAGAUCGGCGUGGUGGGUGGAUCUGACUACUCUAAGAUUGCCGAGCAGCUGGGUGAUGGGGAUGAAGUCAUUGAGAAGUUUGAUUAUGUGUUUGCUGAGAAUGGGACAGUGCAGUAUAAACACGGACGGCUACUCUCCAAGCAGACGAUCCAGAACCACCUUGGGGAGGAACUCCUACAGGACUUGAUCAACUUCUGCCUCAGCUACAUGGCUCUGCUCAGACUGCCCAAGAAGCGUGGAACCUUCAUUGAGUUCCGGAAUGGUAUGCUAAACAUCUCGCCUGUCGGCCGCAGCUGCACCCUGGAGGAGAGGAUCGAGUUCUCGGAACUGGACAAGAAGGAGAAGAUCCGGGAGAAGUUCGUGGAAGCCUUGAAGACAGAGUUUGCCGGCAAGGGGCUGAGGUUCUCCCGAGGAGGCAUGAUAAGCUUUGACGUCUUCCCUGAGGGCUGGGAUAAGCGCUACUGCCUGGACAGCCUGGAUGAGGACAGCUUCGACAUCAUCCACUUCUUUGGGAAUGAGACCAGUCCUGGUGGGAAUGACUUUGAGAUCUAUGCAGACCCCCGGACUGUCGGCCAUAGCGUGGUCUCACCUCAGGACACUGUACAACGGUGCCGAGAGCUUUUCUUCCCAGAGACAGCCCACGAGGCAUGACGGUGCCCACGAUGGAGCAUUGGAACCUUGACGAGGCUAUGACGAGGCCUGAAGACAGACCCGUGGGGUGCCACACAGCCCAUCCCACUGCAGGGUCACCUACACAGGACCAAGGUCUGUGUGGGAACUGUCCCCAGCCAGGUGGCUCCUGACGAGACACAUCCCUGCACUCUACCCUGAUGGCCCUGGCCUCUGAUGCUGCUGCUUUUGGGGACAGAAUAGGCUUUCCCACAGGGUGGCCUGUGAGUUCUGCUGUGGAGCCUGCUGACCACAGACUGACUGACAAGGGGCAUUACUCAAAAGGAUUUUGUCACAGAUAUUAAAGUUCCCAAGACAAGG